CACAGACACUCCGACAUGUCGAGCUUCGAGGUUUCUCUCCAGCAGCUCAACGACCUGUUAACAGACGACAGUGGUUUUUACAGCUGGCCCACCAAACACUUCCAUGAGGUUUACCCGAGGAUUUACGUGGGGAACGCGUUUGUGGCGACGAACGCGCUGCGUCUGCGGCGUCUGGGCGUCACGCACAUCCUGAACGCAGCGGAGGGAAACUCCUUCAUGCACGUCAACACCAACGCCGAGUUCUACGCCGGCACGGGCCUCCUCUACCACGGGAUCCCAGCCAGCGACACGGACCACUACGACCUCAGCGUUUACUUUGAGGAGGCGGCGGACUUCAUCGGGAAGGCGCUGGCGUACAAACACGGGAAAGGUAAAGUGUACGUUCACUGCAGGGAAGGCUACAGUCGCUCACCAACCUUAGUCAUCGCCUUCCUGAUGCUUCGCCAAAACAUGGACGUCCACACCGCUCUGGCCAUGGUGCGGCAGAAGAGAGAAAUCGGGCCCAACGACGGCUUCCUCCGGCAGCUGUGCCGGCUGAACCAACGGCUGGCGGCCGAAAGAAAGUCCUGGAACAAGUGAGGAGU